UUAACACGCUUGCUCCUCGCACACCUUCUGUGAACUUGCUUUUCUUCGUGUGUGUCUGACUUCGUGUUCAUUCCACCAUGUCAACCUCAGUGUCCAGAUCGCAACCAAAGUGGCACCUCCCUGCUCAAAAGGAGACACCUGUUCUCAAGCUCCAGAACUCUCUUACCAAAACAAAGACCGACUUCAUUCCAAUCAACGGCCGUAGAGUGACAUGGUACAACUGUGGACCAACUGUCUAUGAUGCAUCACAUAUGGGUCAUGCCAGAACCUACCUGACCAUGGAUAUCAUUCGCCGUAUAUUGGAGGACUACUUCAAAUAUGAUGUGUUAUUCGUCCAAAACGUUACUGAUAUCGAUGACAAGAUCAUUCUACGAGCACGCCAAGGUCAUUUGUUCGAGACAAUGAAGAAUGCUACUCCAGCGUUGAGCUCCGAACUUGUUGGUGCAGUUAAAAACGCAUGGAAGGAAUAUGCUGAUUCCAAGAUGGAACGCAUCGAUUCUGAUGCCUCAAAAGAUUGGCCUGCGUUCAAGCAAAAGAUGACACCAGAGGCAGUACAAAGUGCACUUCUCAUUGACGAAAAGUUCAAGAUGCAUUUCACAGCUUUGGACAACUCAUAUAACGCAAUAGCAAAUGCUGAGAAGGAGUUAGCAGCAAAUAGCACUAGCAAAGAAAACGCUGGUAGAUUAUUGGAAGAAUCAAAGGAUGUCGUCUGCCUUUGGCUGGAUAAGGAGAAAAAGGACCAAGUCAACGAUCCCAAGAUUUUCCGUCAGCUGCCCGCAUACUGGGAAGAUAAAUUUUAUGAAGAUAUGGCUGCCUUGAAUGUCCGUCUUCCCGAUGUUCAAACCAGAGUUAGUGAAUAUGUGCCAGAAAUUGUAGACUAUGUUCAAAAAAUCAUUGAAAACGGUUACGCCUAUGAGGCAUCGGGUUCAGUCUACUUUGAUACUGGCAAAUACGAUGGUCAUAAUGGUCAUCACUAUGCAAAACUUGAACCAUGGUCCAAGGGUAACCAGGAACUUAUUGAUGAUGGCGAAGGCUCUCUCGGAUCCAAGCUUGAAGGAAAGCGUAGCCCUAAUGACUUUGCUUUGUGGAAGACAUCCAAGCCAGGUGAACCAACUUGGAAUUCACCAUGGGGCAAGGGCCGACCAGGCUGGCACAUUGAGUGCUCUGUUAUGGCAGGUGCUGUGCUUCCGGAAAACAUCGAUAUUCACUCUGGAGGUAGCGAUCUCGCAUUCCCUCAUCAUGACAAUGAAAUCGCUCAGUCCGAAGCUUACUAUAACUGCAAGCAAUGGGUCAACUACUUUUUGCACGCUGGCCAUCUCCAUGUUGAAGGUCAAAAGAUGAGCAAAAGUCUGAAGAACUUCAUCAGUAUUCAAGAGGCGCUGCAGAAAUAUACUGCUCGCCAAUUGAGACUUUUUUAUUUGAUGCAUCAAUGGGAUUCCAGAAUGGACUUCAAGGACUCUGGCAUGCAAGAUACCAUGGAUAAAGAAAAGUUUAUGAACAACUUCUUCCUUUACGUCAAAGCUAUGGGACGAAAGAUUCGAGAAGACGGUAGUCGUGGAGCCAUAGAAAAAUCCGAUGGUUCUCUUACUCACCGAUUCAAUGAUGAAGAACGCGAGCUUAUGAACAUCCUCGCUCAAAAGCAAGACAACGUUCACGCAGCACUCUGUGACUCAAUCAAUACUCCGCUUGCUGUUCAAGAGAUGCUUGACCUUAUCAGCCAAGCGAACAAAUAUGCUGCUUCCAAAGGAAAUCUGGUCAACAUACACGUGCUGGAGAAAGUGGCAAAGUGGACCACCUCCAUGCUCAAGGUAUUUGGUGUAGCAGACAACGGAGCUGAGAUAGGAUUUGGCGCUACAAAUAAUGCUGGUGCUGCCAAUCUCGAAGAUACUGUUAUGCCUUAUCUUGAUGUGCUUUCUAAAUUCCGUGACAGUGUCCGAGGUUUUGCAAAAGAGCAAAAGAGUCACGCCGAAUUUCUGGCUUUGAGCGACAAACUAAGAGAUGAUGAGCUUGUCGAAUUAGGUGUCUUGUUGGAUGACCAAGAAGAUGGGACAGCACUUAUUAAAUUUGUAGACAAAAAUGAGCUCAUCAAACAACGUGAGAUCAAAAGAGCCCGUGAAGCGGAGAAACAAGCAAAAAAAGCGCAAGCUGCUGCUCUACUAGAACAAAAGCGUCUGGAGCGGUUGGAGAAAGGAAAGGUUGCACCUGAACAGAUGUUCUUGAGCUUGGACAAGGAAUUUUCAAAGUUUGAUGAGAACGGCAUUCCUACUCAUGACAAUGAAGGCACUGAAGUGGCCAAGAGUCGACGAAAAAAGCUCCAGAAAGAAUGGGAUGCGCAAAAGAAGCUUCACUUGGAGUAUCUGAAAUCUCUUCCAAAAUGAGCCAACAUAGUACAGGCAGGCUCUCCGCCUCAUCCAACUUACUUACUGUUAGACCGGUGUAACCUUUACAAUUAAACCAAAAAUUAGGGUCAAUAAAAAUGAUCAACACAAAAAAUUACAACGU